CCACGGCAACCACCCUUUGCCCCGGCCACGACCCGGAAGAAGCAGGACCUCUCCAACGGCGGGCCAGCCUCUCGAAGUUGAUAUCCGGGUCACUGGAGCGGGUUUUCUGUUCUAGUCGGAGAAGUUUGAUAUGCAGGUAUGAUCACCAAGACCCACAAAGGAGACCUGAACCUUAGGCUUCCAGAGAAAAACAAGAAGAAGAAGAAGGUAGUAAUCAGAGAACCAGAGACUCAGUACUCAGUUGUAAACAGAAACAGUUAUUUUACUGAAGUCUUUCCCACAAGAGCCAUAUCACCCAUGAAGAGUGUGAUCCAAGGGCAGGUAUCUGAGAUGCCUCUAGUGAAGAAAAUAAAGAAGAAAAAGAAGGGCCAUAGCACCUGCUGUGAGGAGCACCUAGAACUUGAGACCAUGUUACGUGCCAGGUGGACAGAGAAGUCUUCCAGCCCCAGGGCACAGGCUUUUGGUCCAUCUGAGCUCCUAAGUGGGGAAAAGAAAAAGAAGAGGAAGUCCUUUUGGCCUCUGGCCACAUCCCCUGAUUUGAGGAUGAAGACCUUCCUGGACCCCAGACAGAGAGAGGAAGUGACCAGAGUUGGCAAGAAGCUCAAAAUACACAAGAAGGAAGAAAAAGCCCAGGAAACCGCAGCCUUCUCAGUUGGGGACACUUGGUUCAGCAAGGCCAGGAAUCUGCAUGCUUGCUCAUUGGGAAAGGAUGACCAGGAAGAGGCAGCUUUGGGGCAGAAAAGGAAGCAGGGGAGCCCCAGGGAACACAACAUGAAGAUGAAGAAGAAGAAAAUCCACCAGGAGGGAGACACCCACCUUGGCCACCCCAAGCCCUCUAGGUCUAUGGAGAGCAGCCCUAGGAAAGGAAGUAAAAAGAAGCCAGUCAAAGUUGAGGCUUCAGAAUACAUCCCAAUAGGAGAUGGCCUCAAGUCCCCUGUGAAGAAGAAAAGAAAGUCCAAUAAAAAGGCAGGACAGCUAGGCAUUGAGGAGCCAGCUCUGAAGAGAAAAAGAACAAAGAAGAAGAAAGAGAACAAAGUAUCAGGAGAAACUUGGGAGGAAGAGCCUGACACAGACUUAGAGGUGGUGUUGGAAAAGAAAGGCAACAUGGAUGAGGCACACAUAGACCAGGUGAGGCGAAAGGCUUUGCAAGAAGAGAUUGAUCGUGAGUCAGGCAAAACAGAAGCUUCUGAAACCCAAAAGUGGGCAGUAAGUCUGAUGCUGGAGCUCUUUGAGUUAUACAGACGAAAGCUUUGCGACAGUUGUCUGAAAUUGAACUCCUACAAAGAUAAAGGAGUGGGGGCAUCUUAUGUUUCAGGAGCCAAUAGAAUAUGUGAGUGCUGUUAUUAUCCCCAUCUUACAGAUCAGGAAACUGAAGUUCAGGGAUGAAUAACUUCCCAGGAUCAUCUAGCUAGUAAGUGCAGUGUGUUAUACUUUCAUACCUCAAGCCCUAUACUAAUGUUCACUACUGUAAACAUACCUCCCCCCGUUGGAAUUUCUCCUGGAAUACUCACUGGAGUUUUAUAUAAGAGUUCUGAUUGUAGUAACAGAAGUCUAUUACAGAAGUCUCAAACAGGAGGUAGAAUUAGUGAUGAACAGAAAUGACAAACUCAUUUUCCUUUUCAAUCUUGGAAUAGUUGCAGGCAAAUAAGCAUCUUGAAUUGCCACCAAGCAAAUGUGGCUAAGUAAUCAGUUGCUGGGAAAUGUGUUUUGAAACCAAUCUUGUCCAGCUACCUGCCUUCUAACGCCAGUAGUGAGCUUGGAUUUACUGUUUCUGCUUUUACUCAAUUAUGAACAAGGCAUUUUUGAGAGUGGUUAGUCCAGGAACCAAUAGUAAAUUCCCAGGGAUGUGUUUAUUAGAUUCUUUUCUAUCAUGAAGGAAUCCCAUGUGACUUGGUAGAGGUCCAAUGCCAGGAGGCACAGACUUGUGGGGAUAACCCCAGAAGUUACCUCAUCAGCUGUGAACAGUGUUCCCAAGCCUGAGUGCUAGAGUCAGCCUCACAGAGCUCCAGGUACAGUAACCCAAGUGACAUGUGACUAUGUUCUCUCCAUUCACCUAGCAUUUUGCUUCCCAAAAUACAUGGUUGGGAAAUUUCCACAUCACUUGGCUUGAAUGCCUCCUACAGACAUCCUGUCUCAAGCAAGCCUAAACAACCAGGAAAUACAGUCUCAGAUGGCAGGAAGUCCUGAUAUAGACGGUUGAUCCAGUGGCUCGUCAAGGAAACACUCUUCCUUUCUUCUCCAUCAUUAGUGGUGGCUUCAUCAGGCUGGUGGAGAGAUGGCUAUAGCAAUUCCAGGGAGCUUAUCAAGAUACUAGAACAUUCCAGGGGAAGAAAAACCUUGUGGCUCACAGAAACUUCCAGAAGUCCCCCAAGAUACACUUCAUGAACCAGUCCCUGACACAUGGCCAGUAAGCAAGAAGUGAGGAGCAGAUGCUUGUGAGACAAACGUGGGCAGAGGUGAGGCAGGCCUACCAGGAUUCUAACCGGCCAGGCCAGGCGUCAUACUAAUCUGCACUAGCAAUGACUUGAGUGGGCCAGUUGCCUCAGGACAUGAAUUUGGCCUUUCAUGGAUUCAGCCUUGAGAUACAUAAUGGAAGAGGCCACCCAAAUGCUUAGAAUGAGAGACUCUGCAUUGGAGUUAGCUUUGGGGCACUUCCUUUGACAAAGGACUAAGUCUUCUUGCCUUGAUCAAUACUACAGGAUUUCAUUUCAUAUAAAACAGGGGUCCCCAACAUCCAGGCCGCAGACUAGUACCGGUCUGGGCCUGUCAGGAACCGGGCCGGACCACGCAGCAGGAAACAUCCUGAAACCAUUCCCACCUCCCCAUCUGUGGAAAAAUUGUCUUCCAUGAAACUGUUUCUGGUGACAAAAAGGUUGGAGACCACUGGUGUAAAAGGAAACCAACUGACUGCUCUGAUCAUUUUUAUCUUGCAAGAGACCACACUGCUUUGGGACUGCCUUGGCUCAUGAGGAAGGAUUGUGGCUAGCCAUCUCUUGGGUGAUUCUGGAGAGAGGAUGAUGGAUUGUCUACUGUCUUAUCCUCAUAGUGAUAAGCUUUCAUUAGGGUUUGAUAGUCAGGCCUUUCAUAUCCUUUUUAAUAUAAAUAGUCUGGUAGGAUUUGACUUUUGAAUUCACUCUAUCACCACUUACUGAAGAGGAAAGUUGCUCAGAGUAAAGUUUAUUGAAUUCUGUGCCUUAAACAGGGUCUAGCCAGGAAGGUUGGGCAACCAAGAUAGCAGGAUAUCACUGUCCUCAGAUUUAGCUUAACCUUGUCUAUGCAGACUGCCAUUGCUUACAUGAGUAGGUCUGUGUCUUGCAACAGUCUGAGGUCUUAGGUGGACUUCCUGUCUGACCUGGUGUUAGCUGGGUUCCUGUCCUUUGUGAAUUAAACCAUAUUGGCUUCAGCUACCCCGUCCUUCUUGCCCAGUACCCUCCUCCAGCUGCAAGAUUUGGGGUGAUUUCCAUGUUCAUUUCUUGACUCUGAGUAGACACAGCCUGUCUCGAUCAGAACUAGGAGGUUUUGGAUUUUUGUUCAAAAUCUCAGGGAGAGGGACAGGGAGGUCUAGCCUGGCCAGUCUUAUUUUAAAGCCCUGUUCUCAAACAUGUUGGCUGUUUUUCCCUUGGGGUUAUCCUACUGACUAACCCUCCUUCCCUCCUUACAAUUGCCCUUAUCCAGCUGUUCCCAAAACAGCUGGAUUCUUAGCCAUUUUAUAAACUUAGAACUAUUCAAGAUUAUAGUUGGCAGAAUGCCCUGCCACCCCAAAUAUAUGCUCAUGUCCUAGUCACCAGAACCUGUGAAUGUUAGGGUACAAAACAAAAAGGAGUUAAGGUAACAUACAGAAUUAAGGUUGCUAAUCAGCUGACCUUAAAAUAAGAUUAUCCUGGAUUAUCCAAAUGGGCCCAGUCUUGUCACAAGGGUCCUUUAAUGUGGAAGAGGGAGACACACUGUAGAAGACUCCACAAGCUGGUGGUGGCUUUGAAGAAGAAAGAAAGGAACACAAGGCAAGGCAGGCAGGCAGCCUGUAAGAACUGGAAAAGGCAGAAAAUGGAUUCCCUAGAGGCCGGAAGUGACCAGUCCUGCUCUAAUACCUUCAUUUUAAAGGUAAGCCCACUGAGACUAACUGGACUUCUGGCCAGUAGAACUGUAAGGUGAUAAUAGUGUUCUUUAAGCCACUUAGCUUGUACUAAUUUACUGAUAUUAAAGCAGUGGAAGAAAAUGAACACAGGUCUCAAGCAUAAGUUUUCCUCAUUUUUACCUUAAUUAUUAAAAUUCUUGGGGCUUUUUUAGUGUUCCAUCAUCUUUUGAUUAGACUUUAUCUCAUGUAGGCUGUGGCUUUUAGGGAUGGGCUAAUUGAUAUAAUAUUGGGCUGGAGAAAACUUCACAAGAACAUAGAAAACCUACACCUCUGCCUGGCCAAGCUAUAUGAUUCAGAAGUUAUUUUGGUGUAUAUA